UCGAGAAAAAACACAUCCUAGACAGUACUCGUUAAGUGUUGCAUUGCAUCCCCAUAGAUCUUUAUUAUUGUGUGCACCACGGCGCACUCUUCAAGUUCGCCUCAAGAUGCGACGUUGUGAUUUGUGAGGAAGCACGUAUACUGGUCAGCAUAAGCCGGGCUGGAAGUUAUUCUUCCGCACACCGCUCGGAUUUAUGUACAUGCGCGUAUGCAGAUGAGCAUAAUAUACCGGCUGGGUAUUACACUGGUGACUAUCAAUUUGUGGGAUGGUUUCUUGCUGUGUUCAUCAUUUCUGUCUCUCAGUCGGAUGUAGGUUGAAAAGGAAACAAUCGGCACAUUUCGUAAGUGGUGCCGCCGAUGGUGUGUGAAUGUUUGUUCGGCUACAGCGUCGCGCUGGAGGAACAAUUGCCGUGAUCGAUGUAGUGUAUUUGUUUGUUACUGCUGAGAAUUACUAUAAUAUCCUCAUUGGGUUAUGCCAUCCACACGUGCCGAUUAAUUGAUCAUUUUUACUGUAUCGCUCCCGGCUGAGGGCGUCCAUAUCCUCCGUAGAGUUUUUUUGCUGGAGAUAAUUAUUGGAAAAACGCCCUAGCAAAUAGUGUUUCACAAGUGGUACUGCAGACUGACACAGUGUCAUCCAGUUGUCGCAACCGGCACGACUCGCGAGCCGGCGGAUUACGACCCUUCGACUGCAGGAGCGCAAAUUUUCAAGUCGCAAACUCCGUGAGCAGUUCCACCUCUUCAUGCCGUCCGCGUACGUUACUUACGAGGCCCCGCCUGCCGGUCGGCCACCGGUGGAGUUGGUGUCGCAGUCCGUCAAAGCGCCGACACCGGAGUGCCCGCUCCAUGCCACGCCGACAAGCGCCACGCCCAGUUCACACCAUGUAUCGGCCACCCUGACGAAUCCACAAAUCAAAAAUCUGGCAGCAAAACCGCCCACCAAAGAAUCUCCCAGACAAAACCGGCUGGAUUCCUGGUUAAACAGUACCGCUAAUCAUUUCCGCUCGCGCAAACCAUCACGUGAUCUGUCAGCUGAUCGGUUAAAUCGGAAUUUUAUCUGCCAAGCUAGAGAGCAUCACCGUAUGCACAGCUGUGACAGCAGCACAACAUAUGCCAGAUCUCUCGAUCCUCCGCCGAAUGUUUUCCGCCCCGCCACCCGAAACGUACCCACCGCCAUUCGUCUACGGUCGGCUGGACCUCCAGUAAUGCGCCAGCCGUCCGCUUUUAGUAACCAGGGCCUUCGCUCCUCAUCCAUCGGCUCGUCCGGUCUGAACAAUUUGGACAUGUACCACAGUAAUGGCAGCGGCAAUCCGUCCUCCAGUCAUCUGCACGCGGCCAUCAUCCAUUCGCACUCGCAGAGCAGCAGUAUCGGAACGGCCAACGGCAGUCUGAGCAGCGGCGCCACCAGUUCGACGCCCAGCACCAGUACCAGUAACAGCGGCGGUCCGGCCAUGCCCAACGGGGCGCACAAUGUGGCCGGGGGAAUAUCCCGCAAGAAGAUCAUCAGUAAGAGUCAAGAAGCCGGCUUGAACCAUGAGGAAAUGAUCAAUGAGGAAGAGGAUGACGUCUGGUAUGAUAAGGAUGUGCUGUUCCGGCAUCAUCUGCGCGAAGUCUUGGAGAAAUGGCAGAGCAUCGAUGACGAAAUUUGGGGGAAAAUAAUCUGUAUGGAGAAGAAUCGUCGUGUGGCAAAAGCGUAUGCCCGUGUUCCUGUGUUGACGAUUAAUGGAGGCGAAGACGGUUUUGAUGGAUAUCGGAUCGGCUUGUCGGGAUUCGAGAACCCGAAACGCCAUCCGGAUACUACACAAUCAAAGAAGCUGAUUGGUCAAGGCAUCAAAUUGAAAAUGGAUAACGACGGCAACAUACUGGUGCGCCGCGCGAGUCCCGCGGCCGUUUACGUGCGCAAUACCACGGGAAGUUUCCAAGAUGACAACUGCUUCUCAUCGGAAGUGAUCAAACUGCAGGGACAACUGGAAGCCGAUAAACCGUUUAAGGUAUUCGAUAUGAAACGCUUCACACUGAACAUCGCCAAAGAGAUGAAAGGUGCUUAUCCCGACCGGCGCAAACUGGAACUGCAGUGCUUUACGAACAUUGCCUUUGCCCAGCAAGAAGCCGAUCACUUGGAGACACCCUGCUGGAUUAUGGUUAUUAAUAUCGUCGCUUUAGAUAUGCUCAAAAAUAAACUGCCCACACAAGCAGUGCCAAGCGGAACUCACACACGAGGACUGUCCGUACAGCCGCGGAUGCCGGCAAUGAUGGAAAAUGUCCAUACGAAGCGCUUUCUUUCUACACCCCGUGAUGAACAUUAUCCCCGAUUACUACAACAGCAGCUGCAUUCCGUAAAUGACAUAACACUUGCCGAGUUAUUACAUAACGGUAAUGAUCGUCCACAUGGAACCGACCAUUACGACUACAUGGAUACAAAAAGUGGCGAGUACGUUGACGAUAUGGAUGAUCGCGCCAGUGUUUCGACUUACAACUUCAUUCCGGGCUACCGGCCAUCGUCCAGUCUGUUGCCGGGUGAUUACGAUGUGAUGCACACGGCGCUGCCGGGAACAACCCGCAACUUCCGAGCGCCACUGCACGCGCAUGUCGGACAGGAUGGUCUGUACCGAACGAUGGAACAGCAACAUUAUCCAGAUGCUUAUUUUGCCGAUAUGGCGAAUGCCGGACUGGCCGGCUACGGUAUCACUUCCCCGGUGGGCGGAAGUCCCAACGGCGGCUACCGUACCCCGCUGCCACUGGGUCUGGCCGGCCAGCACGCCGCCACCGAGCCCAACUUCAAGAUGGCCACCGGACGGAACUUCGCGGCGACACCGGCACUGCAGCGCUUCGCACCGCAUCACCGUCACAGCCGCAGUUAUGAUUCCGGGCUGGAGUCGGACAUGACCAGUUCCAGCGAUGAGACUGAUUAUAAUCGCUGGACCUGCUACAGUCGCUUACACAUGCUGCCGCAUGCACGAACCAUUAAUCUGUCGGGCGCAACCGCUGUUCCACGACUGCAACCGGAAUGGGAAUAAAAAUUAUAUCUUGUACUAUAAUAUCUGCGCUGCAGCCGGUUAUACGCGUGGCUCCCGUGAGGAAUUUUGUGAUACGCUUGGGGUUGGAUCAUAAUGGUUUUAACAUUGUUUUAUAAAUUGGCAUUACUCUACUUCUCUCCUACACAAUUUCAAAAAAUAGCGGGAAACAUGAAACGGCCCAAAUUACUGCAACGGAAUUUGCCGGCUCGUCGGAAUACUCUUUUUCGGGAACGUUGACUAUCUUUGCCGGUUCAUCUGGACAACGCUGGAUCACAGCGGGAAUCUCCUGUUGGGAAAAAUGUUCCUGUUUAAGCUUCAAAAGGGAUGUGUCUGGGAUUUAACCAAAGACGGAAUUUUUGGAUUUUGUUUAUACUGAUUAAUCUGUUCAACUAUACUCUUUGUGUAAUUUUGAAUCGUGUGUGGUGUGGCGGACGUUACGCCGUUUUUUUUUGCCGGGGAUGUAAUGUGUUUAUACUGAUUGUGCUGCUUUUCGCUGAUUUUUGCUGAUCGCGUACGCCACUGGCGUUAACCAUCCGCUUUGAGCUUUAUUUUUUGCCCGUGCAGCAGAUGCGCAUGAUACCAUACAUAAUAGUGCUACUGGGUCAUAAUUUUUCUUAUAGCGAUUUAUUCAUGUUUGGAGCUUUAUUAUCUCGUUCUUCAUGCUUUUAUUGCAAUAAAAUGUUUAAAAAGCAGAAA